AUGACGGAUAAGGGAAAUGACGAAGCGGUGCCAAGAGUCACCGAACAAAUGAGAGAAGUGAUUGCUGAAGAGGUAGGAAAAGCAAUCGAGAAUAGUUUGUCGGGUUUCAUCGAUAAAAUCCAAACCACGGUGUUAUCAGUGGUGGAUGAAAGGAUAAAGAAACUGGAGGAUAAUGCAAAUUUAGCCAAGGAGAAAUUGGUAGAGCGUAAGGGUUGCUCGUACAAAGAAUUUAUGGCAUGCAAACCACCACUCUACAACGGAGAAGUGGAUCCGAUAGUGUGCCAAAGGUGGUUAAGUGAUAUAGAAGGGGUAUUUGAGAGAACCCACUGUGACGCGAAUGACUUCGUGGCGUAUGGCACGGGUCAACUGAGAGGUCAAGCAAAAGACUGGUGGGAUAAUAAGAAAAAGGAAAUCGGUAGCGAAGAAGCGAAGGCGAUGACAUGGGAUGAGUUUAAGGUACCCUUCCUUAAACAUCACAGUCCCAAGGCGGUUAUUAAUCGAAUCAAAGAAGAAUUUAUCCAGCUUAGGCAGAAGGGCGAAUCCAUUGAUAAAAUCACGGGAACCUUUCUUGACAAAUUAAGGUUUUGUGAUGAAUUGGUGAUGACCGAAGAACAGAAGUUCAUGACUCCCUCAAAAUACGAAACCCUCACCGAAAUCAUUAACGCCGCUCGGGAAAGAGAGAUAGAGUUGAAGAAACAAAUUGAGAGGGGUGAAAGAAGGACGCAAGUGGUUAAUCCAAGUCCCACGAAAAAGGCACGCGUAAACGACUCAUCAAAGAAGCAAGAAGGAAAAAGUAGCUCGCCAAGCUGUAAAGUAUGUGGGAAAGGGCACAAGGGUGAGUGCCGGUUUAAGGACAAGCCGUGUCCUAUAUGCGGGAAGACAGGGCACACGGCUGUAUUGUGCCCGGGGAAAGUUUCGGUAUGCUACAAAUGUUAUCAGCCGGGUCACAAGAAAUCCGAGUGUCCGGAAUUGUCCGGAAAGAGGGAAGACAAGGGUGCGCACACUGAAGCACCAAAAGCAAAAGCUAGAUCUUUCCAGCUAACGGCAGUGGAGGCGAAAACGGAGCCCGAUGUGGUCUCAGGUAUAUUUGCCAUAAAUUCAAUUCCUGCUCAUGUGCUAUUUGACACGGGUGCGAAUAAGUCCUUUAUUUCACAUGGACUUAUUCGACAUCCUUCCUUUGUACUAACAAAAUUACCUAUGCCAUUAGAGGUAGAAAUAGGUGACAACAAAAGCUUCCUUGUAUGUGAUAUAUGUCGAGAUUGUAAGAUAAGCAUAGGUGAUGAGGAAUACCCGAUAGAUUUAAUUCCUAUGUCCAUCGGAGAAUUCCAAGUAGUGGUCGGAAUGGAUUGGCUAUCCCGACAUAAUGCGAAAGUCAUGUGUUUCCGCAAGGAGAUAAAACUAAAAUCUCCAAGUGGGAAAUCGAUUAUCAUACGUGGUGAGAAGGAAGGAAAACCUGUUAUGUGCUCGAUGAUAAAAGCUUACAAGCUCAUGAAGCACGGAUGUAGGGCAUUCAUGAUAUAUGCGAAUGAACCAAACAAAGGGUCGCUAAAGAUUGAAGAUGUGCCGGUAAUACGCGAAUACGCCGAUGUGUCCCGGAAGACCUACCGGGAAUACCGCCGGAACGGGAAAUAG